CGACUUCCAAGAUGGCGGCCCCCAGGACCUGCGGUCGAUGGGUCUCCUGGGCCCGAGGGUGGUCGCAGGCGGCACUGACCCGCCGGCUUCCUGGACUUCGUAGCUCGUGGCCUGGGGGCCCGCUGGGUGCGCGGCUCUUCUCCCACGGGAAGCAGGCGACAGAAACGCACUUCGGGUUUGAAACAGUGUCGGAGGAGGAGAAGGGGAGCAAAGUCUACCAGGUGUUUGAAAGUGUGGCCAAGAAGUAUGACGUGAUGAAUGACAUGAUGAGUCUCGGGAUCCACCGCAUUUGGAAGGAUUUGCUGCUCUGGAAGAUGCACCCGUUCCCUGGGACCCAGCUAUUGGACGUUGCUGGAGGCACAGGUGAUAUUGCAUUCCGCUUCCUUAAUUACAUUCGGGCCCGGCAUCAGGGGAAGCAGAAGAGGCAGAUAAGAGCCCAGCAGAAUCUGUCCUGGGAAGAAAUUGCCAAAAAGUACCAGCAUGAAGAAGACUCACUGGGCGGUUCCCGCGUCGUCAUCUGCGACAUCAACAAGGAGAUGCUCAAAGUGGGAAAGCAGAAAGCUCACGCUCAAGGAUACAAAGCUGGACUUGCUUGGGUAUUGGGAGAUGCUGAAGAAUUGCCCUUUGAUGAUGACAAGUUUGAUGUUUACACCAUUGCCUUUGGGAUCCGGAAUGUGACACACAUUGAUCAGGCACUGCAGGAAGCCCACCGGGUCCUGAAGCCAGGAGGACGGUUCCUUUGUCUGGAGUUUAGCCAAGUGAACAAUCCUCUCAUAUCCAGGCUGUAUGAUUUAUAUAGCUUCCAGGUCAUCCCUGUCCUUGGAGAGGUCAUCGCAGGAGACUGGAAGUCCUACCAGUACCUUGUGGAAAGUAUCCGGAAGUUCCCAUCUCAGGAAGAAUUCAAGGAGAUGAUAGAAGAGGCAGGUUUUCAGAAGGUGACAUAUCAAAGUCUGACAUCAGGUAUCGUGGCCAUUCAUUCUGGUUUCAAACUGUAA